GGAGGCUACAAGGCAACGUAAACGGGAUUCUCUCUCCAAAGUCUUCCGGAGAAGUGUCUCAUCAGUUUUUGUUUGGGAAGAAAUCCCGAAUUAGGAUCGAGGGCGAUUCAAAGGACCAAGCUGAUUUUCGUACUGUUCUCUCAAAAGCUAUGCCCAGGCCCUCCUUCAUCACCUUCACCCCAGCCACUGACCCCAGCGACCUCUGGAAGGACGGGCAACAGCAGUCACAGCCUGAGGAGCCAGAGCCCAUCCUGGAUGGGGCUGCAGCCCGGGCUUUCUACGAGGCCCUGAUUGCGAAUGAGAACAAUGCCCCUGAAGCCCAGAAAUCUCAGCCUGAACCUGCUAGGGAGAGAAAGAGGAAGAAAAGACGAACGGUGAGGGAGACUGCAGCAGAAGCAGUGACAGCAGGAGCAUCAAGAAGACAUGGACAAGAGAGAUCCCUUGAGGCCGAGGAUAAGAUGACCCAAUGGAUACUGAGGGCAGCCCAGGAGGGGGACCUGGCAGAACUUCGAAAGCUUUUGGAGCCCCAUGAAGUGGGGGGAGCUGGGGCAAAUAUCAACGCUCGGGAUGCUUUCUGGUGGACCCCCUUGAUGUGUGCGGCCCGGGCAGGCCAGGAGGCAGCUGUUCGCUAUCUCCUGGGCCGUGGGGCUGCGUGGGUUGGGGUCUGUGAGCUGGGUGGCAGGGACGCUGCUCAGCUGGCUGAAGAAGCAGGAUUCCCCGAGGUCGCUCGAAUGGUCAGGGAGAGUCAUGGAGAGACAACAGGUCUGGAGAACCGGUCUCACUCCCCCUCUCCCCAGUACUGUGAAACCUGUGAUGCCCACUUCCAAGACUCCAACCACUGCACAUCCACUGCUCACCUGCUGUCACUGUCCCAGAGUCCCCAGCCCCCCAGCCUUCCCCUUGGAGUGCCCACCUCCAGCCCUGGCUUCAAGCUGCUGCUGAGGGGGGGCUGGGAGCCGGGAAUGGGGCUGGGACCCCGGGGUGAGGGCCGUGCCAACCCCAUCCCCACUAUCCUCAAGAGGGACCAGGAAGGAUUAGGCUACAGAUCAGCACCCCAGCCCCGAAUCACACACUUUCCAGCUCGAGAUACCCGAGCUGUGGCUGGUACAGAGAGAGCCCCUCGGGUGGCCACACUGAGCUGGAGGAAGGAGAGAAGGCAGGAAGAGAAGGACAGGGCCUGGGAGCGGGAUUUGAGGACAUACAUGAACCUUGAAUUCUAACCUUGGUGAAGUCUGACCCUGGUCAGCUGCUGAAGUCUAAUCUUGGGCCUCUGACCUGGGCACUUUGACUUCUACGUCCUAGGAUCUGUCCAGGUGCCAGACCCUCAGGUUUUGGUCAGUGGGCUCUGCCUUUGGGGGAGAGGGUCUGAGAGUUGAGAAAUAAACCAAACUUCUUUUUC